AUGAGAGGUCCUGCCCCAAGAACUUUCCCCCAGAGGGACACCACUAGGGCACCUCUUAAGAGGAAACUCGACACCAAUGCGCAAGCUCCGAUAUCUGCCAGCGAACCCAAGCGUUUACAGCGAUCGUCCUCCUUCAUCAGCAUCCCCUCCUCGUCCGACGAAGAUGAAGCCCCCAAAUCCAAAUCGUCAAGCCGCGCCGAAGCGAAGUCCCCCCCUCAACAACCAAGGUCGAACAAGAAUACGAUGGCAAACUUUCUAGCCAUGGGAAAGCAGAAGCCAUCACAGAUUCUGCAGCAAAGGCCACAGCAGACCGAAGGGGAGAUCCUCCUGCAAAGGAAACGGGAGCUCCAACAGGAGAUCUCAGAGCUGCGGGCCUCACAGCAGGCCUCACAGCAUAUCCCGCAUGUGAAGGAGACUAAAGAGCAGUGCAAAGACAGUCCAUUAGAUGCCUACGUCGAGAUGAAAAUCAAUGCACUGGUCAUGCUCAAGAUCAACCUUGAUACAGAGAAAGGCCUCGUCAACGGAAGCCAAGGCAUCGUCGUCGGAUGGGAACCCCACGACCCUGCCAAGCUCCCAAACACGAAAAAGAACACUCUCUUGAAUAUAGAUGUCCUUGCCGGUUCUUAUGCUAACUGGCGAGCGAAUCUGAUCCAGGAGUACGCAAAAACGCGCAAGAUUCGGCAAUGGCCGAUCGUUAGGUUUAACAACGGUAUUACACGCACGAUCUUUCCAUGGGUAUUAGUCAACACGCUCGGGGCAACAGAGCCUUACUCGAUACUAUAUAGAACACAGCUCCCGCUGGUCCUGGCGUGGGCUGUCAGUAUCCACAAGUCUCAGGGUAUGACGCUGACUCACGUCACGACGGAUCUUUCGCAAGCAUGGGAGCAGCCGUUGAAGUAUGUUGCGUUGUCGCGCGUGACGAGCCUUAACGGUCUUGCCAUCCUCAAGCCUGGGGGGUGGAAGAAGCGUGUAAGCCGUAAGGAGUCAUUGAAUGUGAUAGAAUCGUCAUCACACGAAGUGAGGGAGUUUCUUGAGGACAAGUUUGGGAGAGAUCUGUUCACAGAGCUGGAAGGGAACAGAUGA